CGUAUGGCGCAGUGCGUGACGUCAGCACGCUCGGGACGUAGCACGUAGCUUGCUAGGAGGAGGGGUCUCGACAUUUUUUUUCCUUCCUUCCUUCAUUUCCUUUUUUUCCUUUUCUUUUCUUUCUCUUUUUUUUUCUCCAUUCCUCCAUUCGUUCAUCUUUCUCCUCUCCGCCCACCCUCUUCUUUUCUCCGCUCUUAUUCUUUGUGAUGCCCUCCAGCCUCCCGCGUGUGUCUCCGGCGGGCUCCCCUCCUCUUCUGUUAUAUAGCCGGGGCUGACCGGGCUGGAGGGAGGGCAGAGGCAUCCAUGUCAUUCUACCACAGCUUCCCAUCACACAGCUUUAUUUAUUACGUUUAGUUCAAACGCUCAUAGCCCGCUCCGGAGCCCCCUGAACUCUACGCAGCCAGAGGAGGCAGGAAGGGAAGGAACAGGCUAAGUGUAUUAUCCACAUUGCUGGGUUGAAUGAAGUCUAUUCUACAUAGAGUUGUUUGGAUUCUCCAGUAGACAUCUUGGGAUUCUAUUUUUGUUAAUACCUUUUGUGCUGUACUAUGUUGAAGAUGUCCCAUGGCCACACGACCCAGGAAACUCUGGAGAUCAUGAAGGAGUCAGAAAAGCGCUUGGUGGAAGAAUCGGUAAACAGAAGCAAGGCUGUAUCAAGGUCACCCAGUAAAGAGGAACAGGAAUCUGAUGAACCAAACUCGCGUCAAGAACCCCAGAGGCGGAAUCCGAGCCACGGACAUGCCAGGAAGAGAGCCAAGUCAAACUCCAAGUUAAAAUUGGUGAGAAGUUUAGCUGUGUGUGAAGAAUCUUCUGGACCAUUUGUGGAUAUCCCAGUGGAACCUCAGGAUGUCAUUCAGUUACAUAUCAGCUGCCCAUCUGAUAAGGAGGAGAAGUCCUGCAAAGAUGGUUCUGAGAAGGAGGAAAAAAAUAAAGAGAAGGGGCCAAAGAAAAUGUUGUCUAGAGAUUCUAGUCAAGAGUACACAGACUCUACUGGAAUAGAUGUACAUGAAUUUUUAGUGAACACACUGAAGAAUAACCCAAGGGACAGAAUGAUGCUGCUAAAAUUAGAACAAGAAAUCCUUGAAUUUAUUAAUGACAAUAGCAAUCAGUUUAAGAAGUUUCCACAGAUGACCUCAUAUCACAGGAUGCUUUUGCACCGUGCUGCUGCCUACUUUGGCAUGGAUCAUAAUGUAGACCAAACAGGCAAAGCCGUGAUCAUUAAUAAAACUAGUAACACACGAAUACCUGAACAAAGGUUCUCAGAGCACAUCAAAGAUGAAAAAAGCUGCGAAUUUCAACAAAGGUUCAUCCUGAAGCGGGAUGAUGCCAGUAUGGAUCGUGAUGAUAAUCAGAUCAGAGUUCCUUUGCAAGAUGGUAGAAGGAGCAAGUCAAUAGAAGAGAGAGAGGAAGAGUAUCAGAGAGUACGAGAGAGGAUUUUUGCAAGAGAGUCUGCCCAGAAUGGUCAUAUUCCUGACAACCGACUCUACCGUGAAGGCUUUUCCACUCUCUCUCACAAAAGGAGACAAUUGUUUAGAGGCAACAGAGAACUGCUGAAUCGAGGCUCUGGCAGUCGACAGAGCAGCACUGAGAGUGAAUUAAAGUCCCUGGAUCCAAGACCAUGGAGCAGUACAGACUCUGAUGGCUCCUGUCGCAAUAUGCGUCCUCCAGUUACCAAAGCCAGCAGCUUCAGUGGCAUCUCUAUCCUGACUAGAGGAGACAGUAUUGGCAGUAACAAAGGCACGACCAACCGUUCUGGCCGACCAGGCUUGCCAAUAGGCACUCCAGAAGUAUGCAGCCAAGCUUCCUCCUCUCAGCAGUCUACUCGAAGCAUCAUACCUUACACUGCACAACAACAACAUCCCCAUACUCACCAGGCACUUCCACCCACUCCUCAGCAACAGUCCAUGAGUAACCACUUAAUGUCACAGACCCUCCAGCCCUCUCCACAACCGGUCCAGUACUCCGCCAGCUCCUGCCCCCAAGUCCUUCUGCCAGUUUCACCUCCCCAGAAGUACAAUCUGGCCGAGGAUUUAAAUAGUCACUUUGGACAGAUGACUUUAAGUCGCCAGGGCUCAUCUGAGGCGCCUGAUCCCUCUACUGCCAUCUACCAAUCUCCCCUUAUCUCCCAGCAUCCACAACAGGCUGGAUUCAUCAUGACAACUGGGGGACAAGCGAUUCCCGCAACAGGCUACCCUUCCUCAGGGCACCCUUCACCCACGCAGCAGGUCAUCCCAACCCAGGGAUUCAUGCAGCCUCCACAACAAAUUCAGGUGUCAUAUUACCCUACUGGGCAGUACCCAAACUCUAGCCAGCAAUACAGACCUCUCUCACACGCAGCGGCCUACAAUUCACAACGUAAUCAGCAAGUCACCCAGCCUCCUCAACAACCUGGUAUGCAACCCAUCAUUUCCAAUCAACCGCCAACGUACCAGGGCAUGAUGGGUGUCCAGCAGCCACAAAAUCCUGCCAUUCUUAACAGCCAGAGAGCAAAUGUUGGGAAUCAAAUGCAGAGCAUGAUGGUUCAGUACACUCCACUACCGUCAUAUCAAGUUUCAGUAGGAAAUGAAUCACAGGGAGUUGUGCCACAAUCCUAUCAGCAGUCCGUACUGGUACCAGCUAACCAGUCAGUGCAGGGGGCCAUGCCAGCUGGAGGAAUGCCAGUGUACUACAGUGUUAUACCACCAGCACAACAAAAUGGUUCCAGCCCGUCUGUUGGAUUUCUUCCUCCUCCUGGUUCUGAGCAGUACCAGAUGCCUCAGUCUCCCUCGCCCUGCAGUCCACCACAACUGCAACAACAGUAUUCAGGAGUCAACCCUUCAAGUUUGGGUGUGGUGGUGAUGCAGCUGAAUGUACCUAAUGGCCCUCAAGGAACGUCCCAGAACCCACCUAUGGUCCAGUGGAACCACUGCAAAUAUUUUAGUGUUGACCAGCGGCAGAAACCUGAACAUCUAUAUGGUGCAGAUGCUAACGCUCAGCCUAGUAACCUUAUGAACAGUCCGAUAACAUCUCCAGCACAGUCCCCAACACCUUCUCCAGGCUCCAACAUCAACAGUGUCUGCACGGGACUCUCUCCAUUAUCGGUCAUCUCACAGUUUCCCCGACCUGUUGGCCCAGGGCAAGGUGAUGGCCGGUACUCUCUGCUUGGACAGCCACUCCAAUACAACCUUUCUGUUUGUCCCCCAUUAUUGCACAGUCAACCUACCUAUUCUGCACAACUGACAGGGAUGAAACAUGGAAACAGAGGGAAAAGGCAGGCACUGAAGUCAGCAUCUACGGACUUGGGUACAGCAGACAUAGUUCUUGGCAGAGUCCUAGAGAUCACAGACCUCCCAGAGGGCAUCACACGGGCAGAAGCAGGCAAGCUUUUUACACAGCUGGCAAUGUCUGGGGCCAAAAUACAGUGGCUGAGGGACACUCAGGGUCAUGCCCCAGGGCCUAAUGGUGACAACAAUGGACCUGCAGAAAAUGGCCGCCAAGUCCACAACAACGACCUGGCAGCCUUUUAUACCAUCGUGGCAGUCUUCCCUAGCACCUUGGCAGCACAAAAUGCCUCAGUCCAGCAAAAUAGUCCACUCAGCCGCUUUAAAUUGCGCAGUAUCAAAAAGAACUAUGAUUUGCGCAUACUGGAACGUGCCAGCUCGCAAUAGCGUGUGAAGAUGGGUUUGGGAAGAUGAAGAUGUGAGGGGAUGGGUACAAGAGGGCUGCAGCAAAGACCUGGAGGAGUAAAAUAUUUCUUCCUCCCCUCCCUCCUACCCUCUUUUUUUUUUUUUUUUGUCACCCUUCUUCCUCUUUUCCUUUUCGCCCCCCAAAAGAAGCACACUGGACUUGAUACAGCCUCUCCCUUUCUAACUUCAAUUUCUCUGAGCGCCUUUUUGUUUCUUUCAGAAGUCCCCUUUACGGUUGUACAUCUCGUUUCUCUUGUUUGUCCCCCUUCUUAUUUUUCCUAUCAGCCAAUCUCCUGAUUCACUAGCCCAGUACUCACACCAUGAAACUGUUGCUGCAUUACUGGUUUUCACUUCUUUGCACGCUAUCUUGUUGACAGGCUUUUUAUUUGUCUUUCAGCAUUUCAUUUCUUCUGAUCACCAAACCAUUCAACUUUUCUGUGUUUCUUGCACAUUCUCACCAUUCUCAAUACUUUGCUGUGUGAAUAUAUAUAUAUAUAUAUAUAUAUAUAUAUAUAUAUAUAUAUAUAUAUAUCCUCUUUUGAAUCCCUCCUCUGCGGUACUUUUCACAUACACACCACCCAUUUUCUGAUCGUGAGCAGAAAUGCUCUGUAGCGGGUAUAAAACUGCCAUAGGGUUAAAGAAAGAUGGUAACUUAAUUUUUUAUUUUUAUUUAUAUAUAUAUAUUUUUUUCUUUUUUUAUUUUUUUUUUUUGGCCCCGAGUGGAAAAUCUGCCUUUUUAUGUUUUUUUUGGAGUUGAUUGUCCUGAACAUUGUAAAGUUUUUUUUUUCUUGUUUUUGUUCCUUUCUUUUUUUCUUUUUGUUUUUUGUUUUGUUUUUUAUGCUUGUGAGAGUACAUUAACAUGGGUAUUUAUUUGCACAAAUGGGCUGUACUCACUGUAAAUUUUAUUUAAUCCAAUUUUGUUUUUAAAUAUGGAAAAAAAUAUGUGUCACAUUAAAAGUGUGUCCCUUUCUUUAUAGUUUUGGUAAAAAAAAAAAAAUAAGAUUUAUAUUGUGUUAUGUAACUUGGUGUCAUUCUCUCAUUACUGUGCUGCAAGCCAUCAGUCACGCUCCGCAUACUCUGAUAUUCGUUCUGCUAUCCUGACUCGUGGUCACAGGCAAUUCAGUAAGUUGGGGCACUGGUUUCAGAAUGUUUCUAAACACACAUAUUGGUAUAGGUUAAUGUAUGACGAAGUACAAACCUACGUUCCGUAGUCACAUGGCUGCUGGGUUUUUAUCAAACACUGAAUCUUUUUUUAAACAAAAAACUUUAUAAAAACUAUGUUUCUCAAUGGCACAGUAACAUAGGACAACAAAAUACUGCCAUAUUUACUAAAUGAGCCACCAAAAAAAAGGCUGCUAUAGUUGUACUUGCAUGCAACAACAUUUAAAAUGAAAAUUUUAAUGUAAACUUUACAACAUAUACUUUAUACAAACAUUUUAAUGAUAAAUAAAUUGGCAGAACAAAUAUAUUUAAUAUAUUGUUUUAAUAUAUUUUUAAAAAGGUUUUGUAUUUGAGUGCAUUUGUUUAAUAAAAAAAACUAUACAAUGCUUGCUUUAUUUGUUCAAGGGACAAUAAACCUAAUACCGAAUAAGAAAUAAAUACCAACUUC